AUGCCGAGAUCCUCGGUUGUGUUGGAUGAAAUCUGGCAAUACCUCGAAAUCCAUCAGCAAAUACCUAGUGCCGCUACAGAGGUGGUUAUUGAUAGUGAUCGCGUUGUCCAAAGCCUGUCCGAUGUGACGCUGCUUCACUCGGAAUGCCGGAUUCCGGUUCCUAAGCGGAAACGAACAAAUGCUUCAAAGAUCAAAGAUGAUGCCGCAAGGUCUGUUAACCACCUUCUGUGUGCCAAGCAUAACAUUUACGAAUACAGUGAGACGAGUGAACCCCAACAACCACCAACACCUUCAGAUCCUCGACUAGUUCGACAAAAUUCGAAGCCAACCAUUCCACCCCCUGGUCCAGAUGGCUUACCCUCUUCUCAGCAAGUCGAGGCUACUGCCACCCACCAGAAUUCUAGUCAAGGGGUGAUGGCACAGUUUAUGAAGCCGAAGUUUGCUCGAGCCCCAAUCAAGGAAGCCGGCAGAGUUGCAUAUCUUGGAGAAUCCUCGAAUCUAUCUUUGCUCGUCCAUGACCGGCACGGCACUACUGAUGUCGUCCAUUACCCCUUACCAGAGAACAUAAGAGGUGCCAGAGCUCGACUUACGGAACCAGAUCAAAUCGAGAUCGACAUCUUGCAGCAACGAGGUGCUUUCCUGCUUCCUCCUCGCAAUCUCUGUGAUGAACUUAUUGAGUCCUAUUUCAAAUGGGUUGCCCCUGUGGUGCCCAUUAUUAGUCGAACUCGCUUCAUGAAACGCUACAAGGAUCCCAAGAACCCACCUUCACUCUUGUUGAUACAAGCCAUCCUGCUCGCCGGGUCACGAGUCUGUACAAACCCUCAACUCAUGGACGCUAGCGGUUCGACCACACCUGCCGCGAUGACCUUUUACAAACGUGCCAAAGCUCUGUACGAUGCCAACUAUGAAGAUGACAGGAUCACUAUUGUACAAGCUCUGAUUCUAAUGGGUUGGUACUGGGAAGGUCCAGAAGAUGUCACUAAGAACGUCUUCUACUGGACGAGAGUGGCUAUCGUCGUUGCUCAAGGCUCCGGCAUGCACCGUAGUGUCGAGGCUUCUCAGCUCAGUCGCACUGACAAAAGGCUUUGGAAGCGCGUUUGGUGGACUCUGUUCACCCGUGACCGCUCUGUCGCUGUGGCACUGGGCAGACCAGUCUCCAUCAAUACAGACGAUACCGAUGUAGAGAUGGUUUCCGAAGAGGACUUCAUUGAGGACGAAGGCGAUAUGAACAACGAGUAUGCACCAGAUACCAUCCACGUGCAAUUCUUCUUGCAAUAUGUGAAGCUGUGCGAAAUCAUGGGCCUAGUAUUAUCACAGCAAUAUUCAGUCGCUUCGAAAUCAAGAAGAACAAAUGCGAUAGACCUUACGCAUAGUGACAUGGCUCUUGCAGAUUGGCUGCAGAAUUGUCCACGAGAAGUCUAUUGGGAGAGGUCACGACACCACUUCUGGUCGGCCCUGCUUCACUCGAACUACUAUACGACUCUUUGCCUCCUUCAUCGAGCUCACAUGCCGCCCGCUACUUCCAACCAGAAUCACGACUAUAUCGACAUGGCUUAUCCAUCAAGGACGAUCGCUUUCCAAGCUGCCGGCAUGAUCACCUCAAUCAUCGAAAACCUUCUACAGCAUAAUCAGAUCAAGUAUACACCUGCUUUCAUCGUGUAUAGCUUGUUCUCCGCCCUCAUCAUGCAUGUCUAUCAAAUGCGAUCGUCUGUCGCCUCUGUCGUUAGUGCUAGCCAGGAAAGGAUCAACGUUUGCAUGAAUGCUUUGAAAGAGGUCAGUAAGGUAUGGCUUGUGGCAAAGAUGGUGCACACUUUGUUCGAGUCUAUCUUGGGGAAUAAAGUGAUGUCGGAACGGUUGCAAAAGGCAACAGGACGUAAGGCACCGCGAGCGCAGAAGAACCGCGAUUCAAACAACCAGACCAGCACCAGUAACAACGUCAGUCACUCGCAAUCCGUCACACCUUUACCUCCACCUCCAUCAAACAAGCGUAAAUUUGACGACAUCGACCUUGCCUUUUCGGUCGGGCCUCCAGCACCCCAAGUGUCUUACGAGCGAUCGAGACCGCAAACACCUGCACUUACGCCUUCAAGGGAGCUGAAUCAACACCAGACCAACCAGAAUAUCAACUUGCUCGGUUCACCACCAUUGCAGAACGACCACUUUUUGCCAAUCACCAAGUCGCGCGGAGGAUCUAGGAUGCACUCAAGGAUAGGCACAAGAGCAAACAGUCCGUUCAAUGGGUUCGGCCCUGCAACUCCACCAGAUCUUUUCCUCGUCACACGCAAUAGCCCACCAAUCUCUCAACAACUCUGGGAAAAUUUUCAACCAGACCAGCUCUUCCCAGACGGCUCCAUCGAUCCUGCCACGAUCAACUUCUCGUCACCCACCUUGAAUCAUGCCGUUGUAGAUCCUCGCUUGCAAAACUCGUCCUUGGAUCCCUCGAUCACAAAUGCAGCUGGGCACCAGUCACCUUCGCUUGUGCAACAGAUGGGGCCCAAUCAUCAGCACAUCAAUGGCUCCUGGCCGCCAGGGUUGAACGGAAUGAUGGGUGCUAGUAUGGACAUGACAGGCGGAGACAUUGACCAGGAUAGAUGGAGCAACAGCAGCACUGGCGCACCAAUUGUGCCUACAACCUUGAAUGUGGAAGAUUGGUUCCAGUUUUUCGGCAUUCAUGGUGAUGCGAACAGCUUUGGUUUGGAGACAUGA